AUGCCAGACUUGGGCAACAAAUCGGACUCGCACAAGAUCGACGAGUUCGUGAAGCAGUACGCAGGCAGUAGGAGUAUUAGAAGGGUGAGUUCCAGCUCAACAUUUCGAUUUUUAGCAUAACAAUAUGAAAUUUUCAGGUUCUAGUAGCAAACAACGGGUUGGCGGCGGUGAAGUGUCUCAAUUCGAUCCGACAAUGGCUUCAGAAGCAGUUCGACACGAGCGACGUCGUCAGUUUUGUGUGCAUUGCGACGCCAGAUGAGCUCAACGCCGCGUCACGUCAGUUUCUCUUGAAGUCUACCAAAAAACGUUUCAAAACUCUUUUUCAGAAUACCUCAAGCUGGCGGACGAGCUGGUGAUGGCCCCGGGCGGCAAGAACACCCAAAACUUUGCCUCCGUCGACGUCAUCGUGCGUCUGGCACUCGAGUCGCACGUGGACGCGGUCUACGUCGGCUGGGGGCACGCUUCCGAGAAUCCGGAGCUGUGCCGACGUCUCCAGGACGAAGGCAUCAUCUUCAUCGGCCCGUCGGUUCAAUCGAUAAUCGCGUCCGGCGACAAAAUCGUGAGCACAAUCAUCGCGCAGUCGAUCGGAAUGCCGACGGUGACGUGGAGUGGAGGCGAUGUGCGCGUCGAGGAAUGCGUGCAUUCUCCGAUGAAUUUCCACGAAUUACGCGAGUCGGCGACGAUUCGGACCGUCGGAGAGGGUCUCGAAGCGAUCGGAAAGUACGGAAUCGGGGUGCCGAUGAUGAUCAAAGCGAGCGAGGGCGGCGGUGGAAAGGGCAUUCGGAAGUGCGAGCGGAUGAACGACUUUGAGCGGCUUUUCGAGGAGGUUCAGAUUGAGGUACUUUUUCGAGUUUCGAAUGAAAUCUAAUCGUCUCUUUUUAUGUGCCCAACUCGCCAAUCUUCCUGAUGAAGUGUAUGGAAGGAGCGCGCCACGUGGAAAUCCAAAUCCUCGGAGAUGAGCACGGCGAGGUGAUGGCCCUCUCGUCGCGAGAUUGUACGAUUCAGCGGAGAUGCCAGAAAGUGAUCGAGGAGGCGCCGGCGACGAUUGUUCCGGCGGAGAUUCUGGAAAAAAUGAAAGAGGUUUGAAACCAGUUUCAGAUCUAAAACAGGCUGUGAAAGAAUCGAAACUCGACAGAAUUCGCUCAAACAACUUUUAUUUUUCAGUCCAACUUCAUAGUUUCACAUAGCUACUCCAAAAAUGAUGACCGUUUCCAUUGCAGGACGCGAUCGCAUUCGCCCGAUUCGCCGACUACUACUCGGCGGGAACCGUCGAACUCCUGUUCGUGCCCUCGACUUGCGAAUACUUUUUCCUCGAGCUCAAUCCGCGUUUGCAAGUGGAACAUCCGUGCACGGAGGCCGUUUGCGACGUGAACGUGCCCGCUCUCCAGUUCCAAAUCGCAAUGGGCAUCCGGCUCAGGGAUAUUCCGGACAUUCAGCGGUACAAAAAGAGGGUGGAGAGCGGAGAAGACGGGAAGAUCCAUUCGAUCGCCGCCAGGGUCACUUGCGAGGAUCCCGCUGAUCGGUAAGGAAGUUUGACUCAAAAUUCGGCGAUUUUUCAUGUCAUUUUUUCGUCACAAUCUUAAUUUUCUAACUUUCAGCUUCCUCCCCUCGACUGGCCACGUCAAAUCUCUGAAAUUCGGCUCCACUUCAAAAGCGUGGGCGUAUUUUUCGGUGAGCGACGGAAGUACGGUCCAUGAGUACGCCGACUCGCAAAUUGGACACGUUUUUGCGAAGGGCGAGACUCGGUACGAGCACUUUAGUAAAAUUAGAAAUUGUCUUUAUCAUUUUCAGCUCGGAAGCGAUUGCGAAUCUGAAACACGCUCUGCAGAACCUGAAAAUCGACGCGACGUUCUCGACCCAAUCAGAUUAUCUCAUUGAUUUGCUCUCGUUGGAAAAGUUCAAAGAGAACACGUACGACACGCAAUGGCUCGACAAAAGGAUCGCAAAUCGAGAUGGACAGGUUGGAUGGACAUCGCAGAGAACGCGAUUUCUAGAGCAUUUCUGAUCGUUUCAAAGUUUUUGCAGAGACUCACCCUACCCAUCGAUCAUCUGAUUGCCGUGAGUGCGGCGGCCAUCGGAAGAUUGAAAAUCCGACGCAUUUUUGAAAAAUACGAAAAAGCGCUGAAAUCUGGAAAAAUUGAGCUGCCGAUCGGGUUGAGCAGAGCCGCGGACGUCGAACUUCAGUUGAACAACGUCAAAUACUCGGUAAAAUUGUGAAUUGUUGGGGAAAAAAUGAAAAUAAUGCCAUUUUUCCAGUUGAAAGUGUUCGAAGAGACCGAUGCCAAGUAUCAAAUCAGGCUUGGAGGUCAGGAAACGACAGUGGAAAUGCUCGCGAUUGGCUCUUCCGGCGAACAGAAAAUCGCUCUCCACCAGGGAAAAUCGGCGGAAUAUCAGCUGGAAGAGACGGACGAUUUCUACACGGUUUCCGCAAAUUGCUGCCAUUUGUCAAAUGAAUAUUGUGUUUUUACAGAUUAAACUCGCCGGAAACAAGUUGAAAUUCGCGAAGACCGACAAUGACGAUGCGAGCAUUUUGAGCUCUCCGUAUGCCGGAAAAUUUUUGGGUUACAGGGUGAGGGUGUGGAACUUUUUUGUAGAAAUUUUAAAGUUUACAAUUUUUUACAGGUUGCUCCCGGCGAAUUUGUGCAAGUCGGUCAAAUGUACGCUCAAAUUGAGCUCAUGAAGAUUACGUUUGAUUUGGUGGUGAAAAUGGCGCCUGGGAGGUUUGUUUUUGAAAUCUUCCAGCGAUUAAACUCUCCCAUUUCUCAGACUAAUUCAAGUGGCGAAAGAGGGCGAUCAAAUAAAAGAGGGAACCGUUUUGGCGCGGCUCGAAAUUGACAGAGAGGCGAAAGAGCAGCUGAAGACGAGCGAGAAGUUUAGCGGAAAUAUGGACGGAUGGAGAAGAGAGGAUAAAUCGCAUUUGCAGGUGGGAUUUUAGUCUAAUUUUCAAGGGAAAAUAGCCGAUUUUCAGCGGGCGAAACUGGUUCUGGAAGGCCGUGGAUGCAUGGAUCUACAGAUUCUCCACGUCGACGAGCUCAUCUCGAAUCUUUUUGAGAAGGAAAAGACGGAAGACCGCGGAGAUGACGUCGGUUUGCCGUCCGAAUCGGCUCGUCACAAAAUGCUCGGUCUUUUCGAGCUAUUCCUCGACACGGAGAGCGAUUUUGACGCUCGCGACGGCUUUGACGAAUGCGUGCAACGUCUGAGUGCGAAAAUCACGAAUUCGGCAGACGUCGUCGACAGAAUCCACUCGAAUUUGCAUCUGAAGACGAAGGAAGCGAUGAUUUGCGGGAUUCUGGAGCUGUUUGCGGAGAAUUACGGAAAUUCGGAAGAGUUUCGAACGAUUUUGAGCAGAUUUUUCGCGGCGAAACAGUUUCGGAGACUCGCCCCGCUGGCCGCCCGGAUUCUGUACAAACUCAACGAGAACGCGGACUUUUCCGCCGAAAACUGUGGGAUUGACGUGAAAUCCGCCGGAUUCGCGUCGUCGAUGCGAUUCAGAAGACACGGAAGUUCGGGAAACAUUUCGGAGCAAAUUGACAACGCACUCGUCGCCUUUUCCUGUUUUUCCGACGGAACAUCUCUUAAAUUUGUGGCAAAUCGAGUGGAAAUUGAGAAUUUGAACGGUUUGGAUGUGGAAGACGCGAUUCUCGAGAAGACCGGUGCACUGAUCGAGGCAGAAGUUAAAGAGGUUUUUUUUUUUUUAAACUUGGAAAAAAUGCGUUUCUCUUGUCAGAUUAUCGUCAAAAAUGGCUCCGAAACGCGGCGAUUCGUCAAUGAAAUUGGGCAAUUUUUGGAGGAAAAGGAAGUUGCGGAAAUUCCGCCGUUUUGCGCUCCGGAAAAGCGCGAUUUGAAGCGAUUUUUGGCUAGGUUUGCUCGACAAAAGGUUUUUGUGAACAUUUGAAAUGUUUUAGACAAAACCGCACCACGUACAUCUACGAUUUCCCGCUUCUUUUCGCCAGAAUCGCAGCCGAAAAUGCGGGAGUUGAAAACUGGAAAUCGGUGGUCGAAACUCGAGAACUGAUUAUCGAAAACGGAAAGCUUUUGAUUGUUUCUGAUGAGUUGGAGCUCGAAAAAAGAGCAUCGACGGGUUGCAAUUCGUGCUCCGUCGUCGCGUGGCUUCUCAGGCUCCGAUUGACGGAAAAUGCGAAGCCCGUCGAAUUUGUGCUCAUCGGAAACGACGUCACUCACCAAGUGGGCUCAUUUGCAAUGCCCGAGCACACACUCUUCGAGCACGCCAGCAAAUUGGCCAGGCAAAAGAAGGUUUGAAAGAGUUUUAGUGUUUUUCGGGGAAAAAGUAUUUCCAUGAAUUUUUCCAGAUCCCACGCAUCAACAUCUCGUGCAAUUCGGGCGCCCGCAUCGGCCUUGCUCGCGACGUGCUCGACGUGCUCAAAGUGAAGCUGAAGGCGAACGGACACGAUUUCGACUAUCUUUACGUGGAAAAAACGGAAAAGGAGCGAAUCGGCGCGCAAAUUGUCUACGAAGAGCACGGCGACGAGCUGAAAUUGGUGGCCGUAAAGGGAAAGAAAAACGAGUUUAUUGGUGUGGAGAAUCUGAUGGGAUCGGGAGCGAUCGGCGGAGAGACCUCGAGGGCAUACCGCGAGAUUCCCACAUACUGUUACGUGACGGGCAGAUCGGUGGGCAUCGGUGCGUACACGGCACGGUUGGCGCGACGGAUCGUCCAGCACGAGAAGGCGCACCUCAUACUCACUGGGGCCAUGGCACUGAACACGUUGCUCGGAAAGAAGGUACGGUGUUGAAAUGACAAAUGCAUUUGUUUCUUCAUAGUCUGAGGAAUUGCUGCAUAAAAGCGAUCAACCAACGAAGAAUUCUGCAGGUGUACGCGUCGAACAACCGUCUCGGCGGCAUCGAAAUCAUGUCGAACAACGGAAUCGCGCACGCGACGGUCCCGUCCGACCUGGCGGGAAUACGAAAAUUGGUCGAAUGGAUCAACUAUUUGCCGGCGAAACAAACGGAUUUCCCAUUCUUCAAGUGCUUCUCCGUCCAAGAUUUGGACGAAUUGGAACCCGUCGAAGUGAACAAGGAUGAAAUGCAGAAAGACGUCCGAAACCUUAUCGCCGGAAUCGACGGGAAACGUGAGCAGAUUCGGGAUGCACUUUUUUUUAAAAGAUAAACUGUUCAGAAGGAAUUUUCGAUACGAACUCGUUUGAUGAAAUCUGCUCGCAAUGGGCCGCGUCUAUUGUGACGGGACGGGCGAAAUUGAACGGAUUGGCGGUCGGAGUGAUUGGUUCGCAGUGGAAAUCAUACGAAAAACGACAAUUGGCCGACGAGAGUGUCGAAAAAAGCGAAGAGACGCAGACGACGAGAGCCGGACAAGUUUGGUGAGAAUUUUCAGAGAAAAAUCUAACAAAAUAUCCAUUUUUAGGUACCCAGACUCGGCGUUCAAGACAUCGCAGGCGAUCAGCGAUUUCAACCGCGAAUCUCUGCCACUCGUAAUGAUCGCAUCGCUACGUGGCUUCUCGGGCGGCCGCAAAGACAUGUCGGAUCAGGUGCUCACCUUCGGAGCUCACAUCAUCGACGAACUCUCGCAGUACACGCAGCCGGUGAUCGUCUACAUUCCGGCGGGCGGAGAGCUGCGCGGAGGAGCGUGGGCCGUCGUCGACUCGCACGUCAAUCCCGGAUUCGUCCACGUCAUCGCCGACGCCACGUGUCGAGGAGGAAUUCUUGAGCCGAACGCGGUGGUCGGCAUCAAAAUCCGCGAGCCGCAACUCGGAAAGCUCAUGGAGCGGAGCGGAGUGGCCGCAGAUUCGGCGGACUCGGUGAAGAGCGCGUUCAAAAAGGCGGCCGUCGAAUUUGCGGAUAUGCACGAUAGAUGGCAGCGGAUGGAACACGUCGGAGCGAUCCGGCAAGUGGUCGAGCUCACGCAAACACGCAACGUCUUCUGGAAAGUGCUGCGAGCGGAGAUGAUCAAGAUCGAGUUGGCGCGCAAGUUCCAGACGGCGCCGAUCUUCCCAACGCCGACGCUUCGCGAGGCGAUGCAGUGGAUCGAGGAGAAGUUGAAUGGGUCGGAAGCUCGCGAGUAUUUCAACAAUGGAUUCUGGAGUGACGUCCGCGCAGAAGUCGACGCCUCUCGACUCGUAUUCGACGAACAAAUUGCCGCGUGGCAAGAAAAUGUAUAA